UACCGCGGUCGAUUCAUGUUGCUCUCAGUUGCUUAAUUAUAUUAUUUUACUUUUUUGCUUCGUUCGUUCACCAGUGGAAAGUGAUUCCACGACCUCAUUCUUACGCGGCAUGGUUUAAACAUUCCAACCGAUGUCGAACGAUUGUGACUGGCAUUUGGAGACAUCGUCGACGUGGCUGAUUGUUUCCAAUUAGUUGACAAUUGACUGUACUAACACGACUGCGAUCGAUUUUAAACUCUUGGAAAACAGCAUAGUUGGAACAUUGUGCUCGGAUGUUUACCACCCUCGGACGAAGGGCGCAUGCGUUCGAUUUACUCCGUUUCGUCCUGAAAUAGAUUUAUUCAUUCCCCUCGGUGUGUAGCGUGCACGCGUGAGGCAAUCGUUCGAGUGAAUUUCGUGUUUUGUGCUGAAAAAGUAGUGCAUGGGGACAGUUGUCGUAGGUCAACAUGCCGAAAUCCGAAGAUGACAUUGAUCUUGAUGGCGUUCUGAACGAGAUCGGCCAGUUCGGACGCUUCCAGGUACGACAGUAUGGACUGAUGAUCAUACCGAUAAUUUUCAAUGCAUUAUUCACGCUCAGCUACGUGUUCACUGCAGGAAACCUCGACUACAGAUGUAAAAUACCUGAAUGUGAUGACACAGUUACUAGCUACCAUCCAGCGUGGCUUAAUAAUUCCGUCCCAUUCAAGAAUGGUGUGCCAGCGCAGUGUGAACGAUUCCGGUUGAUAGCUAACACGAGCUUAGAAGAUUUUUACUGUGAUGCAGAUGCAUUUGAUAGAAGCACCCUAGCUGAGUGCAGCGACUUUGUGUACGCGGAUGAUGAAGUGACGAUAGUUAAAGAUUUCAACAUCAAUUGCCCACACAACGAUUGGAAGCUGACAUUAGUGGGGACGGUCAACAACAUCGGUCAAUUUAUUGCACUGCCGAUUGCGGGAUAUUUAUCCGAUCGAUUCGGUCGCCGUUUGGUGCUACUGUUAAGCGUCGCUGGUAGUGCCGUUUUUGGCAUACUCCGAUCGUACGCUACGAGUUACGAAAUGUUCAUCAUUAUGGAGUUUCUAGAUCCAGCAAUUGGCUCCACCAUGUACACUACGGCUUUUGUUCUAGCCCUGGAGUUGGUAGGACCUAAAAUGCGCGUCUCCGGGAACAAUGUGAUAUCCUGUGCCUUCUCUUUUGGUGAAGCAGCUCUAGCGCUGUUCGCCAUGUUUUUCCGUAACUGGCGAGUACUGUUGAAAAUAAUUUACAUACCGGGUCUCGUCUCGUUGCCACUACUAUGGAUGACCUCAGAGAGCGUGCGUUGGCUUCUCUCCAAAGGCGAUCGAGAGAAGGCCUUCGGCAUUCUCAAGAAAGCAGCCAAAAUGAAUGGAAAGAGUUUGUCUCCUGCGGCGAUCGAAAGCUUCUACCCAAACAGCGAAAAAGACUCAGCAUCGGAAGAAUUAGGGAAUGCUGGCUUCUUCAGUUUGCUGGUUGAUGCCUUCCGAAGUCCCGGUCUUCUACUGCGAGUCGCAAACUGUUCCUUUUGUUGGCUAACCAACGUUCUCGUGUACUAUGGAUUAAGCUUAAAUUCGGUCACCUUGGCGGGAGACAAAUAUCUGAACUUUAUUUUGGUAUCGCUCAUAGAACUUCCUGGUUUUCUAAUCAUGCAACUAAUCCUGGAUCGAGUAGGACGAAGGGCAACACUGUGUACCACGAUGCUACUCUGCGGGCUGUUCUGCUUACUAGCGGAAUUUAUUCCAACGGAAAAUACCUGGCUAAGCCUGAUCAUGUUCCUCGUAAGCAAAAUGGCGAUCACCAUGUCGUUUGGUACACUGUACAUAUACACCGUGGAGAUUUUCCCGACGAACCUAAGACAGAGUUUAUUAUCAGUUUGCUCAAUGUUCGGUCGAAUUGGGUCCAUGAUCGCUCCACAAACUCCUCUACUGGCCAAGCUGUGGUCACCCUUGCCGAUGGUCAUAUUCGGUGGGAUGGGAAUAACAUCCGGUUUGGCGAUACUGCAAUUUCCAGAAACGCUCAACAUUCAGCUACCAAACACCGUCCAGGAAGCGAUGAGUAUGAAUACAGAUGAUAGAAACAAUAAAGAUAGAGAUCAACUUUCCUAACAAAAAUAAAA